GGCCGCUCCUCUGGGGCCGGGCUACGCGUUGACGCCACACGCCGGGGCGGGGCCGAGAGUUUGGAGCCCGGAGUGGGGUGUCGGCGCCUCACUCGGGUGGAGCUGAACAGGAGACAGGUAACCUUGUGCGGCAGACGGGCUCCGUCCAGUGCUGGGAGGCUCGGCGCUUGACACCCGGAGCUCGCGGCCGAGGGUGAGGCCAAUUCGUCCUUGCAGCCCGAGUGCCUGAGUGACGGGUGUGAAGCCGGACGGAGCCGGGCUGGCGGAGGGCGGCGAUGAUGGGCGGGGGACGAGGCCUGAUGGACAUGCAUCGUAGCCAAUGGAGUGGCAGGGUCCGCCAGGCGGGCGGAGAUUGGCGGACGCGGACGCGCGCCGGGGGUCGCGGGGCCGAGCGCUAUUGGCUCUGGUGACGGAGCCGCGAAGGCGGCGGGUUAGGGUGUAGGUGGCCCGGCGGCCCGGGAGAGCCCCAAGGUCGCGGCGUGUCACGUGGCCCGGUCGCUUCCUCCGGCCCGCGCGCGUUCUUUUGUCCUGCGUGCUCUGGCCCCAGCAGGCCGCCGUCCCCAGUGUUCGCCGCGCCCGGUCACGGCGCUGACCUUGGUGCCUGCGGCAGCCCCACCUGCCGGUAUGAGGUAAACCAGGCUGUCGGCCAAGGUGACACUGGUUUCCCUAGAAACACCAUCCACGCACCGCUUUCCUCGCGAGAGUGUGUGACAGAUGUGAGUUAUCCUCUGAGUGACUGGGAAGCCUGCUACCGUACCCUCGCAUGAGUUACCAGAUCUUGUUCCUUUUGCCCACCGAGCACUGUGCCAGUCUUUGAAAUGACAAGUUCGGGAAGAGUCAUCACGUGGACACAAGUGUUAGACAGGAGAGCGGAGGGUAGGGCAUAGGAGUCUCUACACGGUGAAGGAGCAGGGUGAGGUGUGGAGAAAGGGGAUUAAAGGUAUUUGUGGAAGGCUUCAGGACAAAAUGUUUCAUUUAAGGACUUGUGCUGCUAAGUUAAGGCCAUUGACAGCCUCCCAGACUGUUAAGACAUUUUCACAAAACAAACCAGCAGCAAUUAGGACGUUUCAACAGAUUCGGUGCUAUUCUGCACCUGUAGCUGCUGAACCAUUUCUUAGUGGGACUAGUUCGAACUAUGUGGAGGAAAUGUACUGUGCCUGGUUGGAGAAUCCCAAAAGUGUACAUAAGUCAUGGGACAUUUUUUUCCGAAACACCAAUGCUGGAGCCCCACCGGGCACUGCCUACCAGAGCCCCCUUUCCCUGAGUCGAAGCUCCCUGGCUACCAUGGCUCAUGCACAGUCCCUGGUGGAAGCACAGCCUAACGUCGACAAGCUCGUGGAGGACCACUUGGCGGUGCAGUCUCUCAUCAGGGCGUAUCAGAUACGAGGGCACCAUGUAGCACAGCUGGACCCCCUGGGGAUUUUGGAUGCUGAUCUGGACUCCUCCGUGCCCGCUGACAUUAUCUCAUCCACAGACAAACUUGAUCUUGCAGUUUUCAAGGAGCGACUUCGAAUGCUAACAGUAGGAGGGUUCUAUGGCCUACACGAGUCUGACCUUGACAAGGUCUUCCACUUACCCACCACCACUUUCAUCGGGGGACAGGAGCCAGCACUUCCUCUUCGGGAGAUCAUCCGUCGGCUGGAGAUGGCCUACUGCCAGCACAUUGGUGUGGAGUUCAUGUUCAUUAACGAUUUGGAGCAAUGCCAGUGGAUCCGGCAGAAGUUUGAGACCCCUGGGAUCAUGCAGUUCACCAAUGAGGAGAAGCGGACCCUGCUGGCCAGGCUUGUACGGUCCACCAGGUUUGAGGAGUUCCUGCAGCGAAAGUGGUCCUCUGAGAAGCGUUUUGGUCUGGAAGGCUGUGAGGUGCUGAUCCCUGCCCUCAAGACAAUCAUUGACAUGUCAAGUGCAAAUGGAGUGGACUAUGUGAUCAUGGGGAUGCCACACAGAGGACGACUGAACGUGCUAGCCAAUGUCAUCAGGAAGGAGCUGGAGCAGAUAUUCUGUCAGUUUGACUCGAAGCUGGAGGCAGCUGAUGAGGGUUCCGGGGACAUGAAGUACCACCUGGGCAUGUAUCACCGAAGGAUCAACCGUGUGACCGACAGAAACAUCACUCUGUCCUUGGUGGCUAACCCUUCCCACUUAGAGGCUGCUGACCCUGUAGUGAUGGGAAAGACCAAAGCUGAACAGUUCUACUGUGGAGACACUGAAGGGAAAAAGGUGAUGUCUAUCCUGCUGCAUGGGGAUGCUGCCUUUGCUGGCCAGGGUAUCGUGUAUGAGACCUUCCAUCUCAGCGACCUGCCAUCCUAUACAACCCACGGCACCGUUCACGUGGUUGUCAACAACCAGAUUGGCUUCACCACAGACCCUCGGAUGGCCCGCUCUUCUCCCUACCCCACUGAUGUGGCCCGAGUGGUGAACGCCCCCAUUUUCCAUGUCAACUCAGAUGACCCUGAAGCUGUCAUGUAUGUAUGCAAGGUGGCAGCUGAGUGGAGAAACACCUUCCACAAGGAUGUUGUUGUUGAUCUGGUGUGUUAUCGACGAAAUGGCCACAACGAGAUGGAUGAACCUAUGUUCACACAGCCACUCAUGUACAAGCAGAUCCGUAAGCAGAAGCCGGUACUGCAGAAGUAUGCAGAAUUGCUGGUAUCCCAGGGGGUCGUCAACCAGCCCGAAUAUGAGGAGGAAAUCUCCAAGUACGAUAAGAUCUGUGAGGAAGCAUUUACCAGAUCCAAAGAUGAGAAGAUCUUGCACAUCAAGCACUGGCUGGAUUCCCCCUGGCCUGGCUUUUUCACCCUGGAUGGACAGCCCAGGAGCAUGACCUGCCCCUCCACUGGCCUGGAGGAGGACAUCUUGACCCACAUUGGGAAUGUGGCCAGUUCUGUACCUGUGGAGAACUUUACCAUCCAUGGAGGGCUGAGCCGGAUCUUGAAGACUCGCAGAGAGCUUGUGACAAACCGGACUGUGGACUGGGCCCUGGCAGAGUACAUGGCGUUCGGAUCACUCCUGAAGGAAGGCAUCCAUGUCCGGCUGAGUGGCCAGGACGUGGAGCGGGGUACCUUCAGCCAUCGCCACCAUGUGCUCCAUGACCAGAAUGUGGACAAAAGAACCUGCAUCCCCAUGAACCACCUUUGGCCUAACCAGGCCCCUUACACCGUGUGCAACAGCUCGUUGUCUGAGUAUGGUGUCCUGGGCUUUGAACUGGGCUUUGCCAUGGCUAGCCCUAAUGCUCUGGUUCUCUGGGAGGCCCAGUUUGGUGAUUUCAACAACAUGGCACAGUGCAUCAUUGACCAGUUCAUCUGCCCAGGACAGGCAAAGUGGGUGCGGCAGAAUGGCAUCGUGCUCCUGCUACCUCACGGCAUGGAAGGCAUGGGUCCCGAGCAUUCCUCUGCCCGUCCAGAGAGGUUUCUGCAGAUGUGCAAUGAUGACCCAGAUGUCCUGCCUAACCUGCAGGAGGAAAACUUUGACAUCAGUCAGCUCUACGACUGCAACUGGAUUGUCGUCAACUGCUCCACCCCUGGCAACUUCUUCCACGUGCUGCGACGACAGAUCUUGCUGCCCUUCCGGAAGCCGUUAAUCGUCUUCACUCCCAAAUCCCUCCUGCGCCACCCUGAGGCAAGAACUAGCUUUGAUGAGAUGCUGCCAGGAACCCACUUCCAGCGUGUGAUCCCAGAAGAUGGACCUGCAGCUCAGAACCCAGACAAAGUCAAGAGGCUUCUCUUCUGCACUGGCAAGGUGUACUAUGACCUCACCCGAGAGCGCAAAGCCAGGGACAUGGCAGAGGAGGUGGCUAUUACAAGGAUUGAGCAGCUGUCACCAUUCCCCUUCGACCUCCUGCUGAAAGAGGCACAGAAGUAUCCCAAUGCUGAGCUGGCCUGGUGCCAGGAAGAGCACAAGAAUCAAGGCUACUAUGACUAUGUCAAGCCAAGACUUCGGACCACCAUUGACCGUGCUAAGCCUGUCUGGUAUGCUGGCCGAGACCCAGCAGCCGCUCCAGCCACUGGCAACAAGAAGACCCACCUGACAGAGCUGCAGCGCUUUCUGGACACAGCCUUUGACCUGGACGCCUUCAAGAAAUUCUCUUAGAUGCUCCUGGAGUUGAUCCGGCCAUGGCCCCCCUGUGUCCAUGACGCUCUUUGCUUCUCAACUAAAGAAUAGUGCCUCUGCACUGUCCACACGUCUGCCCUUCGCUGUGCCACACACCGCCCCUGUUCUCAUAGGAAUUAAGUUGUCCACUCCAGUGCCCAGCUGCUCCCCGGCCACAGCCCAGCCUGGCUGACUUCUCUCAGGCUGCACACCUUUCACGAAGACCAUAAGGAGCAGGAUGAGGAAAGGGAGCCCUCUCAGGACAUCCUAGGGAAGGCAGACCUGGCCCCCCCAUCCUCACUGUGUAAUCCUCCAGGGUAGGAACAGAAAUCCUAUGUGGCUUCCCACAGUACUAGCACUCAGUCCUUGUCACCCAUCAAGUCACAGAUUCAAGACUAGGAGUAGUUUUGUCUUGCUAGGGCCAAGCUGAGAGCUCCUGGAGGAGCUGUAGCUGGCAGGGUUUGGGUGUCAUCUAGACGUUAAGUGCGUGGAGAAUGGCGUGGGGUUUUUGGAGAGGCUUUAGCAGUGGUGUUAGGUCAGCUCUGCUACCCUUCUUGGAUUUCGGGCUACAUGUGGGAAAUUUGCCCUAACUACCGAGUCAGGAGUGAUUGGCUCUGAGUAAGGCCCAGAAGCUCCCUUGGGUCCCAAACCCCAGGCACUGGCUGCCUCUUGGUCCUGCUGACUCUUCUCUCCUAACCCCAGCCACUUAAUUUUCUCUGUUGUUCCCUCGAACACACGGAAGCUGUUGAUGAAUCCUUUUCUUUGCUGUGCCAAGGCAGGUCAGAAGCAGAUCAAUGGAUAAGGGCAAGGUGUCCCGAGGAGCCAGCUGUCCUUCCUCCCUCUUUAGACCUCCACAGGGACAGACCUGAUUUAUUUAUUUUGGUUUAAAAAAAAAGGAAAUGAAAAAAAGAACAACCAACUUUGCAUUGCAUCGGCUUGACCCAUAAACUAAGUUAUCAUGGCCA